CGAGACAGCAAAACGCAUUUCUGUAUAGAAGUGAAUAACAGUGAAACGCCGUUUAUGUCUAUAACUUGACGCAUUCGACGAAACGCUCAACAGUUAGCCAAUAAAACUCGUUCCCAAGUGAAAAAAAAAUACAAAAACAGUUCAUUAGGAUUGAGUGUUAGAGUGCCGCCAAAUGUUUCUUUGUGUUUACAUGGGAAUAUUUUUUGUUUCAAGAUGUUUGGUAUAAACUCAACGAAAAUAUGCAGAGGUGUCCCUACAUCCACGAGAUGAAAGAACGCCUAUUGGGCGAACAAAUUCCAAUAGUACCAACCCCGCAAAAAAUACCCACACCGCCCCCUAUGAACAUGGACCAACAACAGCUACUGCCGCAACAGCCCGUUGCCACUAUAGUUAAGUUGAACCCAGAUGGUUAUGGGUCUCAUACGUCACCAACCCAUCAUAGAGUCAUAGAUAGGGCUUCCCUUUUACUUAAAGAGCAACACGAUGACUAUUGUAGCCAUGUAGAUAGAAAACAAUAUCCAAAAAACGCAAAGACCUCCCUCUUCAUAGUGAUGAGUUUCGUUUAUGCGAAACUCUUGGUGGUCAUUUGCGUCGCUUACGUGGUUUCCGAUGUGGUAACCCACAACAUUCCGCUCUACUACUACGAAGGUUUUUUUACAUAUCUUUACGGAAUGAGCAUUCUGUUUUUGCUCUACGUGUUUUGCUUCCUGCUUCAAGAAAGCACUUGCUGUUCCGGCGGUGAAAACGAAAAGGAGGUAGUGGUGAAAAAACCGACGAAAGAAAAAUCCAAGGAGAAGGAAAAAGAGAAGAAGAAGGAAGAGGAGCAGAAGAAGAAGGAAGAAAAGGAACGGCAGAAGAAAGAGAAAAAGGACAGGGAAAAGGAGAAGGAUAAAGACAAAGACAAGUCCAAGGAUAAGAAGGAUAAGAAGCAAGAAAAGAGCACUUACCGGCGAAACAGCGAGGGCGUAGUCGAUUCAGCUGUACCGGUCCCGGUGGCCGAACUGAGCAACCAAUCACAAGUGAAUGUGUCGCAGGAACAGGUGUCCGCCGCCCCGCCGGCCCCGCCGCCGGCGGCGGCCGCCGGCGCCCCGCUCCAGGCGCCGCCCUCGUCGGCGGUCGCGACGGCCGCCAACGCGGCCGACGUCGAAGCCGGAACCGUCGUGAAAGUAAAACGCAAGAGGAAGACCACCCAGAACGAUCAGAGCCACGGCAGCUUCUUCCUCCGAAUCGGAGCCAUCGCAUUUGGACUUGGUACUAUGAUCUACAACGGUCUGGAGUUUGGAACUUUCUUCGAAGUACCAUUUACAUCAAAAUGCUAUAUGAUUUUACGUGGAAUCAACCCUGUUCUUCAGAUGAUCUUCACGUUUAUGCAGAUGUAUUUCAUCUUCAUGAAUUCGAGGUUGAAUAUUCAUCGCUUCAAAGUCAUCGCGAGAUUUGGGUUGAUGCAUGUCGUAGCGACGAAUAUAUGUGUAUGGUUCAGAACAUUGGUGUUGGAGUACAUCAAGGAGAUAACCAACUAUCAUAGAAGGAUGUCCAACGACACUAUACCAUCAGUUGCACCAUUCGCAGAGAGUAUUCGCAAACACACCCUCCGUAACGCUAACACCAUUUUGGGCACCCAUGCUGCAGUCCCCGACGUAAUCAAAGCCACCACCAAAAAAGUGGUGUCCGCCCUACCAACCAUUGCACCAACCAAAAUACCUUACGGAAAUUUGGGCAAUUUUUUGCGCACCACCACCACAGAGGCGGCGUUUAGGUUUAGAAACGCCGUCACCACAAUGCCCACCACCACAACCACUAAAAAUAUACUAACAACUUCGAAAACAGUACCGACUACGUUCUUUAGAAUGUUUAAUACUAACGCCCCGGAGGUGUUUACCACACCUAGUACUACUACUUUGAGGAGUACUACUAACAAAAUAUGGGAGAUGUUCACCACUACCCUAGCUAGUACUACUACAAGUACUAGUACUACGACUACAACCACCUCCGCGCCUUUAAAAAGCUUCAUGGACUUCAGAAACUUUAAUAACUUUGCUGCUAACGAUAUAUCAGCUGUGGCCGAAGAAUCCAACCUAAACGACGAAGAAAUCUUCACCAACCUCCAAAAUAACGCCACAGAAAUCCUAGACGACAUCCUACCGCAACCCUUCACUUUCAACUUUAACUGGACAACCAUUGGAAACUCCACCGAUACUUGCGGACGCGUCAACAUCAUGGGCACCAUCGUAAACGAUUCGGCCCCCUAUUUAUUCCCAUUCAUUAUCGAAUACUCCCUGAUCGGUGCCGCCGUUAUUUACGUAAUGUGGAAGCACAUCGGACGUCAUCCAAGAUCGUUAACGCAAGAAGAUCUGGAGCACCGUCUUGAAAUAAUGUUAUCCCGUAGGGCUGUCGCGUUGGCUCAGGCCAAUCAAGGUAGAGUGGACUGCGUGGGCGCCUCCAAGGGUCUGUUCUUCGGCCUUUUGAUGCUGGUCGCCUCCUUGAUAUGCCUCAUACUGUUCUUCGUGCUGGUGCAUCAUCCUCACUUCGGAUUGCUCGCCAUUUAUCUGGCCGACGUUUCGCACUGCGUCUUGAUGAUCCUCAGCAUCUUCGCCAUCAUCAUCGGUUUCUUCAGAGUUCAACAGUUGAAGUUCAAAACCGAGGAACAGAGCGACUUAAACGACAUUUUGUUGCGCGUUUCCGCUUUUGGAUUGUUCCUCUACGCCAUCUUCAGCGUGAUUGCUGGACAUCUCAAUGCCUUCACCAAGGAACCCAAUCUACUUGUUAUGGUGACUGGCGCCCUAUCCGUCUUGCAGGUCGUUCUUCAACUGCUGUUCAUUGCCGACGUGUCGCGCCGUCGCGUGCAUCUUCCGGAGCACGACCGCUCCAAACCUGGUCGCCAGGUUGUCACGUUUUUGCUCAUUUGCAACGUCACCAUGUGGAUCAUUUACACUUUCGAGACCCAGAAGGUCGAAGCCAACCCGGUUCAGCUGGAAUUCUACGGAUUUCUGGCAUGGGCUUUCGUUCAGCGCAUCACCUUGCCCCUGUGCAUUUUCCACAGAUUCCACAGCGCGGUCACAUUGGCCGAGAUAUGGAAAACCAGCUACAAAGCGAGAUUGGAGUAAAUUUUUGUUCAAAAUUAAUUCGGCUCAAUUUUAACUAGGGUCUGAUAUUAUUUGCUCACAAGCUUUAAUUUAUUAUUUUUAUUUUAUUUAUAGAUUUUAUUUCUCGUUAUUUUUAUUUAAUUAACGCAAAAUUUUGUUAGUUUGUCCGCAUUAAGUCGAAAACCAAAUACCAAGACUGAAUCACUAGUCAGAAACAGCUUUACUUAAUAAUAUAUCAUAUGGACAAAUUAACAGACUUUUUGGACACACGCACAAAAUAAAACUAGUUUUAGUUACUUAGUCUAGCCUGGGGUUUUUUGGUUUUACAAAUUCCCCCGGUCCCAACAGACAAGACGUAUAUCCCCCAAAUAGUGACUAAUAGAUUUUGCUACACCGACGAUUUUUUUUACAUGUUACAAAAAACAUUUUAGAGACUUUAUCUGAGACCCAGACAUAAAACUAAAACUAUAUAGAAUCAUUGUUUACAAACAUAUUUAUAGAAAUCGAUGUUUAGAAUAGAUUUUUAUUAUUAUAUUAUAAUAAUCGGAAUUAUUUUAAAAUGAUAUAUAUUAUACAGCGCUACAUACAACUCUAGUAAAUAGUACAUAAAAUAAAUGUUGGUAUAUUAUGUGUAAAUACAACCGUUUUUGAGAAGGAAAUACCACAAGGGAUUAAACUUUUUGUUGGUAUUUUUUUGUUGAUUUGUUCGAAAUACCGGUAAGAAUUGUAUAAAAAAUAUAAAUGUAUCCUUCAAAUUUCAUGUAUAAAAAUAUAUACCUACACCUCUAAAUAUCAAAUAGCCAUACUAUUCAUACUUACAUACAAUAGAAACUAGUAAAAAUUGUCUGAUGAGUGAGGACCAGUGUCAUCCAAAUAAACCCAAGAGACUUUUCAUUAUCUAUACAAAAAAAAAUGAACCGUAUUUUUUUCAACUUAUUUUUUAACCAUUUGUUUCGACUUUUAAGUCUGACCAAAAAAAUUGGUACAAUUUCUUGUAAUAUUAUAACAUCUACUACUUUGUAAAAUUUAUUAAUUGCUAUUAGUACCUGUUGGAACGUUAUCUUUAUUUUUUCGAGUAAAAAAAGAUAACGUGGAAGGUCGAGCAUUACAAUAUUGUUAACACAUGUGAUUUACGAAUGUAACACAGUUUUAUCGGAGAUUAGUCUGGAAGUUUAAUGUAAAAGUAGUACCAGGUCCACAAUACACAUAGCCGGGUAUAUGCAUUUAAUAUCUACGAUUAAUAAUAAAACAAUGGUUUUAACUUGUUUGUCCAGACUUAAAUCGAAAACUUGUUACAUAAGUACUUAAUAAUACUUAAAUUCGUUAGUAUAAGACGUAUCUAUAAGUCUCAGCUGUAACCAAAACGUAACUAACCAUAAUAAAUGGUGAAAGUUAAUACAUGAAUGUUAUCAUAAAACAUCAUAUAAUGUGUACAUUAAACUUUUUCUGAACACAUUCUAUAUGUUACAUAUAAGUAAUGUUAUAGAUGAUAGGAACAAACAAAUAAGUCAUGUGUAAAUAUUUGAAAUCCGUGUUUGAUUUAACAUAACGUUAAGGCAUGAAGUGCCAACAAUGUUUCCCGUAGGAGAAAUAUUUUCCAUUGGAGAAAAUUUUCCAUAGGAGAAAUUUUUUCAUAGGAUAAAAUUUUCCAAAGGAUAAAUAUUUUCCUUGGGAGAAAUGCUGUUUGCACCGGAUACAAAAUCGUAUAACCUUUACAUGUGUAGAUUUUAAAAUCUUAUCGCUCAAUUGUCCAACGCGAGUACCUUUAUUAGGACUCGGAUUUUAGAUGGGCUUAUAUAUAUAUAUAUAUAUAUAUAAUACCAAAAAUCGUUCUCGAAACACUGCCGUUUCUCUAUAUUAAAUGUUUCAAUGUGUAAUCGAUUCACGACAUCUUUUUCUGUGUCAUACAUAUACCUAAUAAGCAUUGCAUUUGUUGUUUGAAUGAUUUAUCCCACGAUUUUCAUCAUUCAUACAUUCGAGUAAGGUUAAUUAUAAUAAUUAAAUUAUAAAAUUGUCAUUUUAUUAAAUUUUACAUUGUUUAUUUAUUUAGAUUAAUAAAACUAAAGAAAAUUGACC